UUGUCAGGUAGGUUUUUAAGUCACUGCCUAGUUAAAGUUCGCCGCUAGGGGUCGCCUGCGCUCCGCGGAUAAGAGCGUCUGCUUGCCUCUCUGUGCUGCUGCUGUGUGGCUGGUUGAGAAAUAAUAACGUCAAGACUGCUGGGUGUAAUUAUAGAGCUCAGCCUUGAGAGCAGCACAUGAAUGGCGAAUGAUUCACUGCAUGCAUAUCACAACAUUUGCAUGCAUUAACCCGGAUCGCCCAGCAUAUCCUUGGGCCCACAAAGGUUCUGCCACSGUGUCAACAAGUGCUGAACUCACUCUGCUCCAUUAGUAGUGUCAGGAGGAGCGCCUCAAUUUGUCAGCUUAUCACUUGAUUUCUGUAAAUGUUAACUUCAGUUUCAAGAUYUCCAUUUUUUAUGCGUCUUAAGGGAAACAUUCCGAGCUCACAGGGAGGUAAAGAGAGAGGAGCAGUGAGUGAGAGGCUGRCCAAACGGACUGACAGGCAGGCAAAGAGACCAAUCAGCAGAGAGCCUUCAGUGGGACGCGAUGGGAGGCGCGAUGCGGAGGAAAAAGCAAAUAGUUGAGUGAACAGCAUCAGUACAGAGUGAAGAGGACGACAGUGCAUAGAGGCAGCGAGGCGCCAUCAGCACAGCCCGGUAAAAACUGUGAUUGGUUUUUCCUGACUGGGUCCAUGGAUGUGAAGAGACGAACUCCUGUCUGCUCCGUGGAUUACAGGCUGAGUGAGGAUGAAGCUCCAGGACGGCUCUGAACAACCUGACAGUGGAGCUCCGAAAUAACUGAGCUUAUACAAACAGAACUUCUCCAAAAGACCCAAAUGUCUCUUUUUUAAAGKGACUCCAUUUUCCUGACGCACUGUGGAGAGUUUCUUCACUUGCUGGCUGCAGUGGCCGGAGAAUGUUGAGAUUUGUUGUCUUCAGAAGACAGUGAGAUUAAUGCUUUUUGCUGGUGUAUUUAUUUCUUUUUUACCCAAGUGCACUUGUUUUUCCGGUCAUGAUUGUGCUUUUGAUAGCUCUGUGUUUCACGGAUGGAGCGCUCUCUCAGAUCCGCUACUCUGUCCCGGAGGAGGCAGAGCAUGGCACGCUGGUGGGGAACAUCGCUGAAGACCUGGGGCUGGACCUGACCAAACUAGCCUCCCGGCGAUUCCAGGUAGUGCCUAGUUCAAGGACGCCAUAUCUGGAAGUGAACCUUGAGAACGGCGUCCUGUUCGUUAACGAGAAAAUCGACAGGGAGCAAAUCUGCAAGCAGAGUGGCACCUGCCAGCUGAACAUGGAGGUGUUCCUGGAGAACCCACUGGAGCUGUUCAGGGUCGAAAUCGAAGUGGUGGACAUUAACGACAACCCACCGAGCUUCGCGGAGACAGACAUCACGGUGGAAAUCUCAGAGAGCGCAACCCCUGGCACCCGGUUCCCUUUGGAGAGUGCGUUCGACCCGGACGUGGGCUCCAACGCGUUGCGCACAUAUGACAUCACAACCAACAAUUACUUUUACCUGGACGUGCAGACCCAAACCGACGGAAAUAAAUUUGCAGAACUUGUCCUGGAGAAGCCUCUGGACAGGGAGCAGCAGGCAGCGCACAGGUACGUGCUGACUGCKGUGGACGGCGGACAGCCUCCUCGGACUGGCACCGCGCUGCUGGUGGUCAAAGUGUUGGACUCUAACGAUAAUGUGCCCGUGUUUGAGCAGCCCGUCUACACGGUGAGUCUCUCGGAGAAUGUACCGGUGGGCACACUGGUCAUCCAGCUGAACGCCACCGACCUAGAUGAGGGACUGAACGGGGAAAUAGUUUACUCCUUCAGCAACCACAUCUCCAGUCGCGUUAAGGAGAUGUUCGGCAUAGACCCGCGGACCGGCCGCAUCGAAGUCCGCGGGGAGGUGGAUUUCGAAGAGAGCAGCCUCUAUCAGAUCUUUGUCCAGGCUAAGGACCUCGGGCCAAACGCCGUGCCCGCGCACUGUAAAGUGUUGGUCAAAGUGGCGGACGUGAACGACAACGCACCGGAAAUCACCUUCAGCACUGUCACGGAGUCGGUGAGUGAAAAAGCCGCUCCCGGUACCGUCAUUGCCCUGUUAAGUGUGACGGACCGUGACGCAGAGCAGAACGGACAGAUCCACGUGGAAAUCCUCGGUGAUGUCCCGUUCAAAUUAAAGUCCUCUUUCAGGAAUUACUUCACCAUAGUGACUGACGGGCUCCUGAACCGGGAGCAGGCAGACUCCUACUCCCUGACCGUGGUGGCGCGGGAUAAAGGAACUCCUUCUCUCGCCUCUAGUAAGUCCAUCCGCGUCCAGGUGUCAGAUGAAAACGACAAUGCGCCCACUUUCACGCAAUCCGUUUAUGAUGUGUAUGUGACAGAGAACAAUGUACCAGGAGCGUACAUCCACGCCGUGACGGCCCUGGACCCUGAUGUAGGGCAGAACGCYCUCAUUACUUACUCCAUCUUAGAGUGCGACAUUCAGGGCAUGUCAGUUAAAACCUAUGUGUCUAUCAACGAGGAGACAGGGUACCUUUAUGCACUCAGGUCUUUUGAUUAUGAGCAGCUAAAAGAUUUCACCUUUAUGGUCAGCGCCAAGGACUCCGGUGCCCCUGAGCUUUCCUCUAAUGCAACUGUCAAAGUCAUAAUUGUUGAUCAGAAUGAUAAUGCGCCCCUGGUACUUGCUCCCCUGGGGAAAAAUGGGACUGCAAAGGAGCCCCUUCCCCGCUCRGCUGAGCCAGGCUACCUGGUGACCCGUGUUGUGGCCAUGGAUGCAGAUGAUGGUGAGAAUGCCCGCCUGUCCUACAGCAUUCAGAGAGGUAACGACAAUGGGAUGUUUAGGAUGGACUGGAGGACUGGUGAACUCAGAACAGCAAGGCGGGUGUCAGCUAAGCGAGACCCCCACCAGCAGUACGACCUGGUGAUUGAGGUGAGAGACCAUGGCCAGCCUCCAUUGUCCUCCAGUGCCAGCAUACUGGUGAUGCUGGUAGACAGCAUGGCUGAAGGCCGGGGUAUGGGAGACAAAGUGGGCACCAGCAAGGCCAAAGAUGGUGCUUUGGACCUCACCCUCAUCCUAAUCAUUGCCCUCGGUUCUGUCUCCUUCAUCUUCCUCCUUGUGAUGAUUGUGCUGGCCGUGCGCUGCCAGAAGGACAAAAAGCUCAACAUUUAUACCUGCCUMACUAGUGACUGCUGUCUUGGAUGCAGCUCCUGCUGCUCACGGCAGGGUAGAUCCCGCAAGAAAAAGCUCAGCAAGGCGGACAUCAUGCUUGUGCAAAGCACUGUCAAUGUCAGCGGGCCUGGAACGGCUCAAGUCCCUGUGGAGGAGUCUGGGAGCUUCGGCUCCCACCAUCAAAACCAGAACUAUUGCUAUCAGGUAUGUCUGACUCCAGAGUCUGCCAAAACUGACCUCAUGUUCCUAAAGCCGUGUAGUCCAUCUAGGAGCACAGACACCGAUCACAACCCGUGUGGUGCCAUAGGGUCAGGGUACACAGACCAGCAGCCUGACAUCAUAUCAAACGGCAGCAUUUUAUCAAACGAGACCAAACACCAGCGAACCGAACUCGGCUACCUGGUGGAGAGGCCGAGGCGUGUCAACAGCUCAGCCUUCCAGGAGGCAGAUCUGGUCAGCUCUAAAGACAGUGGCCACGGAGAUAGUGAGCAAGGAGACAGUGACCACGAUGCCACAAAUCGAGGACAUUCCUCUGGUGCUGAUCUGUUUUCUAACUGCACAGAAGAGUGUAAGGCCCUGGGCCACUCUGAUCGCUGCUGGAUGCCCAGCUUUGUCCCWUCUGAUGGGCGCCAGGGUCUAGACUACCGCAGCAACCUCCAUGUGCCCGGCAUGGACUCAGUCCCAGAUUCAGAGCUUCUCCAUCCCCUAAAUCACCACCACUUUCUCCAAAACCAUCAACUCAGCCCCCACCAAGGCUCACUAGAGCGGGAAAUGUUGGAAGUAUUUCUGCAUAGCUCCAGAGCUCCUUAUUACGCAGCUUAUUUAACGAGGAAGAGGGUUUGCUAGCUCCUUCCGUGUGGACAUACCAGAGACUGCAUGACUUUGCACAAUCUCUCCAUGACAACUGGCUAUAAAAAUGCAUCAAGACUGAACGCAUUUUGUUCUCCGCUGCUCUUCUCCUUUGUUACCCAUUGAAAAGGAAGCAUACAUUUGCCUACGACUGCACACAGGAUGAGGAACAAAAGGUUUAAUAUUUGCUCUCUUCUGGAGCUGCUUUCCCAGGUUUUGGAAGCUUCCAGAAUCUUGGUAUUUAGUGCCAGUCGGACAUGGAGCAGGAGGAAGAAGAGAAGGAGGUGAAAUGGAUGCAGGGACACUAAUAUAUGUAUAGCCUUACUGGGUGGACUCAUUUUCUCAGCCGGACUGAGAAACUCCUAAAAAAACAAAACACAAYAAAAGACCCAUAAAAAUCAGAGAAGACUUGCAGUGGUGUAGAGAAAAACUGGAUUUUUAUUCUUCAAGCUGUGUGCCUGUUUACAGCACUGAUGUAUACGUUGAUGUGGAAAAUCGCACCAGAUGAGGACUUCAUAGAAACAACGUAAGUGACAGCCAAUGAGAGAAACAGCCCUUUAGGUGUGCUCACACAGUGAAGCACCAAACUGUACAGGAAAAUCAUUGUGCAUUUCUAAAUGCAAUACCACUGUUUGAGAUYUUUCUAUUCUGUUGUGUGGUCAGGUGUCUCUGGUACAAUCUACUUUUAACUCGGUAAGAAAAGAUGUGUGCAGGAUAUUUGAUUUUCAGUUAUUUUUAUGUCACUUCUUUUACAUUUAUUUGAUAUUUGAUUUUGAUUUUCCUAUGGCUUACAUAUUUCUGAUUCUGAGCCAUCGGGUACUUUCUAUCAUGUCUGAGAAGUGUUUAUUGUACUCUUUUAAAAAGCUUAAUAUAAAACUAUAUAAAUUGAUCUAUA